AUGGUUCUUGACUCCAAACAGAGGGAUGCUAUCAAUUUCAAGGCCACAAAUGGAAAAAGGAACAAUGAAUCGGGGCAUAAAGAGACCACAACCACAAAAGUCCCAGAGGCUUCAUUGGUUCCCGUUCAACCCAAGCCACUGAACUCAAGAGAUAAAGUUACUCAAAGGCUUAUAGUAGUUCUCUCUCAAGCGUCAUUGGAAACGCAUAAAAUUAGUACCGGGGGUGGCCCUGGAAGCGAGAAAUAUGCGCUUCUUAAUUGCGAUGAUCAUCAAGGAUUGUUGAGAAAGAUGGGUAGAGAUAUUAGUGAGGCCAGACCUGAUAUCACUCAUCAAUGUCUUUUGACGUUGUUGGAUUCACCGGUGAAUAAGGCAGGAAGAUUGCAAGUUUACAUACAUACAUCUAAGGGAGUUCUUAUAGAAGUGAAUCCAUCUGUGCGAAUUCCAAGAACCUUCAAGAGAUUUUCUGGAUUGAUGGUGCAAUUGUUGCAUAGACUAUCUAUUAGAUCUGUCAACUCGCAGGAGAAGUUGUUGCGUAUUAUUAAGAAUCCUAUCACCGAUCAUUUACCUACUAAAUGCCGGAAAAUCACACUGUCUUUUGAUGCCAAGGUGAGACCUGUCAAGGACUAUGUGGAGACUUUGGACGAUGAUGAAAGCCUGUGUGUUUUCAUUGGUGCUAUGGCCAGAGGUAAGGAUAAUUUCGCCGAUGAGUUUGUAGAUGAGAAAAUUGCUGUCUCUGAGUAUCCUCUCUCUGCUUCUGUUGCAUGUAGCAGAAUAUGUCAUGGAACAGAGGAUGCUUGGGGAAUUCUAUAG